GGCAAAAGAGUCUCACGAAUUCCCUUCGCAGCGUUCUCGAAGACUGUUACCCUAGUGUAAAUCUGUUUUCUCCGCAUAACCUAUUUCCGAUGUUCCAGCCACACAAGUCUUUAUCUCUAGGUGCUGCUGCGACGUCAGUGGUAGUUAUUCACCGCUUGUCAGGAACCCACAUACACAGGCUAUGUUCAGAUCCGAGCUCCUGAAAUUCUUCAUUGUCAGGGCUCAGGGUAGCAAAUAGUCUAAUCCGGGCUGGUUUAUUUUCUCCAGAGUCACCUACUCCGGGUUCUGACACGUCACAUUUAGCCUGAAGCCAUUCUUCCUUCUGGAUUCAGGCUUGUUCCGGACAUGCGAUUCCGAUUUGAAGCGACCUCCAAUGCCCUGAAUGCAACCACACCAAUGCGACCAUAGAGCCUCCCUCGCCGUUCCCGCCGUUUUCCUUCAGACCGACGACGCUCUUACUAGCGCGUGAAACCCGCUGCUCAUAUUUAAGAGCCGUUUUUUAUUGGAGUCCGUGACUUGUAGUAUGGCUGACCACCAGAAUAUUCUGUCAGACCUGCACGCCAGUAGCAAGCCAUCUAUCAAUACCUUCCUGAGGAAGCCAGUGAUUCAUUCUCUACGUACUAUAGGCGAGCAGGUCGUCAGCACUAUCCGUCCCUACAUCAUCCCCUUCGCCGUCAUCCUCGCUAUAGUCAUCCCCAUUAAUCUGGCAUUCCAAUCGCCUCCGGGCCUGCUAUCCAGCGGCUGGAGCAGCGGCGGAGGUUCGGUUCCGUACCUGCCGCCUAGCCUCGGAUGGGCCGCGUUUCUCUUUCCCAGCAUGAGCGGCAUUGACGCGGCGAUGUGCCGUGCGGAGGCGAAUUACUGGGAGAACAGGGUAUUGAGGAGGAGAGCUUGCGGUGGCGCGCUACAACCGGCGCCUGACUCAAUGAAUGACGUCAUGAUGAAGCUGCUCGUGCUCAUCCCCACGUACCCUUGCCCUAUCUACGAACGCGUUGGGGAGUGGGGGGACGGCGGAAAGUGGACCUGCCUGCUCCCAAGCGCCAUUCAGAAGGACCCUGUCGUCUACAGCGUCGGCAGUUAUGGCCAGUACUCGUUUGAGGAGUCGAUUAACAAGAUACUGCAUGUGAAGCCAUACACCUUCGACCCCUUCCUCACUCUCAACACCAUCGCCCACAUGAAAGCCGUUCCCAUCCUGCACUUCAACGAGAUCGGCCUCUCUGCAAACAGCUCCCUUCAAACCUACCGUGACAAAUACCCUGGACUGAAAUUCAUGACUCUGGAGGGUAUGAUGCAAAUGCUGAACCACACCUACGUGGACGUGUUCAAGAUUGACUGCGAGGGCUGUGAGGAGGCGCUGCUGACGGAGCUUGGGGCGGCGAAUAACAACGCGGCUGCGCAGCUCACCAUUCACGGGGGGACGCUGCCUUUUGGGCAGAUCCUCAUCGAGUUCCACCAAAUGAAUCUGACGCUGGUCACUCUGCCACUCUUCUACACAUUGGAGAAUCUGGGUUACCGCAUGUUCAGCAUUGAGUACAAUCAACAGUGCCCGCUGUGCUGUGAGAUGAGCUUCAUUCACGAGAGCCUUGUGCAGCCAAAGGGCGAGAAAGACUGCCGGCCGUUUAUGUUUUCAAAAACGUUUGUGAACAAGGAGGACGCAGCCGCUGUACUGCAGGAAAAGCUGGGCUCAAAUGGUGACUAGUGGAGCAAGUGGAGGAGGUUGACAGCAGUACCAAUCCGUAACGCUGUGCAUACGUUGAUACUCUGGAGCAUGUUGGAUGGACUUGCUGAUGUCACUUAGAGGCGAGGUGAAUAGGCUGAUGUAAACUGGUUUGAUGGGUUGCUAGCUAAUAUUUCACUCUGAUAAAACUCAAUGCCGGUACUGAUGCUGAUUGUGUCAUGAGCAGGCCCCUAGAUUCAUUUGGAGGCACGCUGAUCGAUCAUCCCUGACCCC